AUAUUUCUCAUGUUGACAUUUUCAGCUUAUUUCAAAGGCCCGUUAUUUGUGAUUAAAAAAAAACUGAAAACGGGUCAAAUUUGACCCGAGGACAAAACAACAUGAGGGCUAGAGGAGACUCUGAGAGGUUUGCGGACACUCUGAGUUCCCAUAGUUCCGACAGACUUGAAGGCAUCACUAGCUGCAGCGCUGCGGACAGACAGACAGAGACAGACGGAGACAGACAGGUUUUAGGACACGAGUGACGGUGCAGAACCGACCGGCCCUGUGAUUCUUUUAUCGGGUUAAUUACCGGGACGUUAACGGAUCUGGCCGGUAUGACCACGGAGGAGACCAACGUGGACCUGCAGGAGGCUCCGGAUCAAACCAAAGACCCUGAUCCGAAGGAGGCGGCGGAGGAUCCCGCUCCGGUCUCCGCGGAUGCUGAUGCAACGGAGGCCGAUGUGAGCGAGGCGGACCUGGACCAGGAGGAGCAGGAGAAGCUGCCGAUGACCGGAGGAGGAGACCGGGCCGAGGCCGUCGGGGCGGAGAACGGCUCCGUGAAGCUGAAGAUGCCCGAGGAGGAGCAGGAGGAGCAGGGGGAGAAGGAGGAGAAGGAGGAGGAGCAGGUGAAAUUCACCGGGCUGAACAAAGAGGAGCUGCUGAGGGUGGCCGGGACUCCGGGCUGGGUGCGGACCCGCUGGGCCCUGCUGGUGGUGUUCUGGCUGGGCUGGUUGGGGAUGUUUGGGGGGGCGGUGCUCAUCAUCCUGCAGGCGCCGCGCUGCAGAGACCUGCCCCCCACCGAGUGGUGGAGCGGGGGCCCGCUGUACCGGAUCGGGGACAUCCGGGUCUUCAGUCCCACCGGAGACCUCAAGGGCGUGGAGCAGAAGCUGGGCAGUCUGUCCCAGCUGAAGGUCCGGGGUCUGCUGCUCGGUCCGGUCCACGUGGCCCCCCCAGACGAAGCCGUGAGUCUGAGGUUCGAGGAGAUUUCCCCCGAGCUCGGGACCCUGGAGCAGUUCAGGAGCCUGGUCCAGGCCGCCCACAGGAAGGGUAUUUCUGUGGUUCUGGACCUGACUCCGAACUACCGGGGCCCGUCUGGACCCUGGUUCUCCAACGUCAGCGUGACCAACGUCGCUGAGAGGCUCAAGUCUGCUCUGGUCUUCUGGAUGAACGAAGGCGUCGACGGCGUGCAGCUGGCGGGGGUGGAGCGGGUGGCCGGCGUCGUACCGUCUCUGUGGAGCGACAUCAGAGCCAUCGUCCAGAACGGGACGGAGGAGCGCCCCGGCAGGAGGGUCCUGAUCGGCGUCACCGAGCGCUCCGCGGCUGAAGACGUCUCGGCCCUCCUGUCUUCCAGCGGCGUGGACCUGCUGGUCUCCAGGGUCCUGCGCCACAGCAACACGGACGGCGCCGAGCUGGCCCAGUCCGUGCAGCUGCUGUACUCGUCCCAUAGCCAGACCCGGCUGGCCUGGAGCCUGGGGGGGGGCGGCGAGGGGCACCUGGCCUCGCUGGUGGGCCCGGCGCUGGUCCGACUGCAGAUGCUGCUGCUGCUCACGCUGCCCGGCACGCCGGUCUUCAACUACGGGGACGAGAUCGGCCUGAUGGACCAGGAAACCAAGUUUCCCAGAAUGCUUUGGGACUCUGACGAGGAGCUGAACGGCACUCUGCAGGUAAACAGGACAAACACGUUACCGUGCCGAGCGUCUGUCCCCCGCGGGUUCUUCUGCAGCCUGGCCGCGCUGCGGGGGACGGAGCGCUCGCUGCUGUUCGGAGACUUCGUGCCGUUGUCCAACUCCUCGUCCUCGCUGGUCUUCCUGCGGGUCUGGGACCAGAGCGACCGCUACGUCGCCGCCUUCAACUGGGGGGGGGCGCCCGCGGGGGUGGGGGGGGUGCUGGCCCCGGCGGGGGUGCCCCUCCCCCCCCGGGCCACCGUGGUCCUCAGCACCGACGGCGGCGCUCUGCCGGCCGACAGCAGCGUGUCCCUGGAGGAGCUGCAGCUCGGCCCCGGCCAGGCCGCGCUCCUCAGGUUCCCCUACGCCGGGUAG